AAAAAAUAAGCCAACCGGGACUUCUUCCAAAAGCAACAUCAGAUUCACAGCAACUUCAUCAACACUGAAAGAUGAAGCAGGGGCUUCUUCUGUGGAGUCCUUGCCAUCGCGCUCUCUCUCCGUCCUCGCUCCCCUCCAUUUCCCUCCCAAUCCUUAGAACAAAACGCGCCUCUUCAUCAAUCACAGCAACUCUCGACUCCACUAAUAACCAGAUACAUGAGCUAACAGCUAGAGAGAGAAGGCAACUAAGGCAUGAAAGAAGAGAAAGCAAAGCCGGCUACAACUGGAGAGAAGAAGUCGAAGAGAGGCUUAUCAAGAAGCCCAAGAAGAAGCGAACUUCUGGGUCGGAAGACCUCAACCUUGAUAACCUGGCCGAUUUGGGCCCUCAGUGGUGGGUUGUUCGAGUUUCUCGCGUCAGAGGCGACGAGACCGCCGAGCUCAUAGCUCGCUUGCUGGCCAGGAAAUAUCCUGAAAUGGAAUUUAAGGUUUAUGCUCCAUCUGUCAAGGUUAAGACAAAAUUGAAAAAUGGUACUUACUCAGUUAAACCAAAGCUGAUUUUUCCAGGAUGUGUUUUUCUAUGGUGUGUAUUAAACAAAGAGUUACAUGACUUCAUAAGAGAGUGCGAUGGAGUUGGUGGCUUUGUUGGUUCAAGGGUUGGAAAUAUGAAAAGACAAAUCAACAGGCCUCGGCCAGUGUCUGUUGAGGACAUGGAAGAAAUCUUCCAACAGGCAAAAGAGGAACAAGAAAAAUCUGACCAAGCUUUUACGGAACAGCAGCUAGGAGAGGAAGUGAUGAAUUCAGGGAAGAUAGUUGGCAAUGAUAUCGCAAAAUCAGUUACAGAUUCCAAGCCCACAGGGGGAUCCACAAAAAUUUCUGACCAUCUUGUAAAUGGUUCACCUAGAAAAAAGACCAGCAAGCGCCUGACUGCAGGUUCAACUGUUCGGGUCAUAUCUGGGACUUUUGCAGAAUUUGAAGGCAGCCUGACGAAAAUAAAUCGCAAGACCGGAAAGGCAACUGUGGGAUUUACACUCUUUGGCAAAGAGACUUUAGUGGACCUAGGUCUCCAUGAAAUUGUAGCAGAAACAAAAUGAUGUGGAUAUAUGGUCUCUUAAUUGAUGGCAAAUUAACAAAUUUCGCAGUGAGACACUGAUAGGGUGACAAGAGUCAUUGACAGUCACGGUGACAUGUUCAAAUUUAAACAAGAACUGCAAGAGCUAAAGAAUGUUAUGGUAUUAAAGCUUUUUUGUCUGAAACAUUGUCAUUUUUCAUAACUUAUCCCAAGGCCAGCAAUGCUGCAACAGUUGCAGAAAUAAACAGAUGUCUUGUCUCAAGUCACCGAUUCAUAAACCUGUGCUGCUUACUUGGAGUCCAUCACAAAUGUCAAUCCACUGAACUAGAGAAACAGAGAGAUGUAGUAGCAUGCAAGUUCACUUUCUAUGUUUCUUCUCAUAUUUGAAAUCAACUUUUCGUAACUAGGUAAGACUCAAAUUGCUUUUAAUUCAAAAUACAUUUUGUUGUUUUAUUAA